AUGGACGGAGAACCGUUCAUAGCAGACGUCAGGGUGAACGGCACAGACUUCGUGCCAUCUCUUGUCGACUAUGGCUGCCUCUGCUACGGCGCGGUUAGCAAGCGCACAUUUCACUCUCUCCAGUUGCCACAUAUACGCGUCCAGCCGCGCAUCUUGGAGAAUGCAGCGGGAGACGGCAAGGAGGUCAAAAUCGACAAGAUCACGUAUGUGUCGAUCGACCUCGAUGGACAUCAGCAGCAUCGUGUUUUCAUGUACGUCAUCGACGAUCUGAACUGGGAUAUGAUCCUGGGUAAACGAUGGAUGGAAGACCAGGAUGUUCACAUCCAUGCGAAGGAAGGAUAUCUCGAGAUCGGGUCCAAUGGAGUUCAAUACCACAAGUGGUCUCGAGCUUUCUCUCAGCAACUGGCCGACCAGCUGCCCCCUCAUCGGCCAGCCCUACCCUGGGGACCGCUUUACAGCAUGUCCCGCGAGGAGCUAUUGGUACUACGGAAGACUCUCACAGAACUACUCGACAAGGGAUUUAUUAGAGUCAGCAGCUCGCCAGCCGCGGCACCAGUCCUUAUGAGGGACCGCUAUCCCUUGCCCUUACUGAGCGAGACCUUGCGAACGAUAGCCAAGGCAAGGUGGUUCACCAAGACAACUUUCAGAACGCGCUAUGGAUCCUUCGAAUGGCUGGUAGUUCCAUUCGGCCUGACAGGCGCACCAGCAGCCUUUCAGCGGUACAUUAACAGCGCGCUCCAGGAUUACCUAGACGAUUUUGUGUCAGCAUAUAUCGACGAUGUCCUGAUCUUCUCCUCUGGAAGCCUGCAAGACCACCGCGACAAGGUCGGCAAGGUCCUCCAACGACUGAUGGACGCCGGGCUGCAACUGGAUAUCAACAAGACGGAGCCGCUAACGCGGCUAACGAAGAAGGACGUGCCAUUCCGUUGGGAUGAAUUGUGCGAAGAAGCCUUCGAGAAGCUCAAGGACUUGUUGAUCACGGCCCCGAUCCUUGCACACUUCCAUCCAGAAAGGAGACUAUCGUGGAAGCAGACGCUUCAGGAUUCGCCCGAAGCGAACUACGCUAUCCAUGACAAGGAGCUACUCGCCAUUCUCAGAUGUUUGGAGCAGUGGGAACCAGAGCUACGGGCAGUAGAGCACUUCAAGAUCCUAACGGACCACAAGAACCUGAGGUACUUCUACUCGGAAAGGAGGUUGACAGAGAGACAAGUGCGGUGGUCGGAGUUCCUGUCCAGGUUCCAAUUCGAGCUCGAAUGGAGGCCGGGCCGCAAGGGCGGAUUGCCUGACGCACUCUCGACGGGACCAGGAUAUGCCGGCCAACUACUCCGAUGA